AUGCCCCGGACAAUAUUCCCAACCAGGCAUAUCCACACUCUAAAAACACACAAUGGUCCCGUCAACGCGGUAACCUUCUCAAGCUCCGGCGGCACCUACGUCCUCACAGGCUCCUCAGACCGAGCAGUCCACCUCUCGCGCGCAGUUCCCAACAACGCCUCCAAUAGCCCGAUCGCAGUCGAGACCACAACCCCUAUCCAAAAAUACGAAGCGCAUGGCUACUCCGUCCUGGACAUCGCCGUCGCAGCCGACAACGCGCGCUUCGCCAGCGUAGGAGGCGAUCGCCAAGUCUUCCUCUGGGAUGUCGAGCAAGGCAUCACGACCAAACGAUGGUCGGGCCACAACAGCCGAGUCGAAGCCGUGCAAUUUGCCGGCGAUGGCGACUCAGUCGUAGUAACCGGCAGCGCAGACACAACAAUAAACCUCUGGGACACCCGCUCCACAAGCUACAAACCCAUCCAAACCCUCACAGAAGCAACUGACACAGUCUCAACACUACACGUGCACAUGGGAAGCUACUCGAUAGCAAGCGGGAGCUACGACGGCCACGCACGGAUCUACGAUGUGCGCACCGGAAAGACGACCGUCGACGUCCUCGCGCACCCGGUAACGAGCGUGCGCUGCUCGAGCGACGGGAAUGCGCUGCUGGCUUCGACGCUGGAUGGGUAUAUCCGCUUGCUGGACCGGAUGGAUGGGAAGGUUCUUAAUGCGUUUGGGGGGAGGAGACAGUGUCGGGUGGGAUUGGGAAGCCGCGGCAUUCGUAUCGGAAUGCGGAGCUGCGGGAGGGGAUUGCGGGUGGAGGGGGGCCCAGCUGGCGCUGCGGCAUUUGCGUGGGAUGUUGUUAAAGGGGAGGUUAUUGCUACUGUGCCUGUUGGGGAGAAGGUUAAGGCUGUUAGUUGUGUGUCGUGGAAUGAGGGUGUGGGGGAUUGGGCUGCUGGGUGCUCUGAUGGUACCGUCAGAGUCUACGGAUGA